UGCACAUUGAAAGCUCCUCAUCCACCAAUGAACGAAGAAGUGUGACGAAACUGAAGAAGAAGAAAAAGACACGAUCGGAAAAGAAACAAGAGGUUGAACCGGUAAGAAGCGGAGGAUGAUUUCCAUACGGUAACUCCAACUAUCUAGGACAUCGAUGCAAAAAGAGUAAUUUGCAUCUUGCACGCAUCCUUCAUUUGGAGUCCUUUUCAACCUUCUACGGAACCAGAAGAAUCCCUUUGGCAUUGGACCUGCAGCAGAUGCCGCUCCGUUCGAUAACAUUUUUAUCCGAUUGAUGUUCAUGGAUACAUUGGUCUUGGUUAGCAUUCCAUCCUUGCGACAAUAACCGUUGGAAUAUUGCUGUUACUGCCACAAAAGUUUGACUGCCGGGUGAAACCCACACCUGCUCCAUCAGAAUUGUUCAAUAGACUGUACUUGUCAACAGCAAAACUCACAUCGCCACCGCAGAAUCUGCCCGCGAUAUAUAACCACAAGUCCCUGUCACAAAGACCGCAGUCUUUCUCUACUGCAACAAGGCCUGAUCAUCAGCUACAACCUAAAACUCAACAACUUGCUUCCUGCCUCAAACAUGUCUGGCUUUCCAUUCCCUCGCCCCACCCAGCUUCCUGAUGAACUGGAAUCAGCUCUGGCUAUUCGCAGUGCCAGAGACAGGGGCCAGGGCACCGAGUCCAUAGUUGGUCAACAUGGAGUCUUCAGUUCUAGUUCAAGAACACUGACAUCUGAUAAUCAAAGUAGCCUCCGUCCUAGGGCAGACUGGUCAAACUUCCAACCUCCAAAUAAAUUGUUUGCUAGUUCAUCUGAUGCCACUUAUCACCCACAGCAAAUACCUGGAAUUCACCAGCAGCCUCAAAGCAAACGAACUGGAGCAUCCCUUCCAAGCUGGUUAUCUAGCAGCUCGACCCAAACCCAACAACCGCAUAGCGGUGUUGGAGAUGGUCAGGGUUUCUAUACACCCGAGAGUGCAGGAAGUAUCUUGGCAAGCUUUGGACUUUCAAAUGAAGACCUUGAAGUGCUGAGUCACUACCCAGAUGAUCAGCUAACCCCAGAUACGUUACCUUUCAUACUCCGUGACAUACAAAUCAACAAGUCAGACAACCAAGAUACAAUGGCACGCAACAUGCGUGGUGGGAUCCGUCAUCCUUCAAACACUUCUCAACCAAUAGACACCCGUUCGUCUGAAGUGCCCAGUUUUCUCAGUGUUACAAAGACCGCAGGUAAAGUCAUUGACUACGGUCAUGCAAGUCGGGCUAAGGAAGGCGCAGCCAAAGAGACUUUCAAAAGAGAGAGAAUUUCAAAUGAAAGAGUGAUUCAAAUGUACCCAUCAUCUGCUUCGGCUCCAAAAAUGGAAAGGGCAGAAAAACGUCAUAUACGAUUAGUACAUAUGGAACCAAGCAAGCAUGGAGACCGAGAUUAUCGCAGGACAAGUGGUGAUCAUUACAAAAGAAGUUUUUCGCCAUCUAAAUCUCGUUUCAUUGACAAGGACUACAGGCAGAAUGGAUCCAAGCAAAGGAUUUCAUCUGAUACAAGGAGUGAGAUAUACUCAAGGCGGUCGCUUUCAGCUUCCUCUGGAACAAGUGGACACAGUAGCAAGAAGAUCCCCGAUUCCAACUUAAUAAUGGAUUUCUCAGGCUCAACUCCAAAAGUGUAUCCUCAUUCCUGUUCCCUGUGCCACAUUCAAUGUGAUGAUAAAAAGGCCUGGGUCGACCAUAUUAAUACAGUUAACCACACAGCUGCCUGCAGGGACCUGCGCAACAAGUAUCGUGAUUGGAAACCACCAAGAGAGGACCUUCACAGGCCCCAUGGAAGACCUUACUCUCCUUAUGAUCAUCACCAUCAUCAUUACACAGGAGAUUCAUCACAUCAGAGUCGUUUGAAACGCCCUUACUCUGAUCUUAAUAGGCGCUCUGUUGACACCAGCUCCUAUGCAUCCUCCUACAGGAGUGAUCAAAGCUCUAAAUAUGUCAAAAAGACAAAGCUUCCGGACAAAACCAACAAGACUGCAAGUUCCAAGGCUGCUGAUACAUCAUCCAGUCCUUCACCAGCAAAGAAGAAAAAAAAGACUGUCGCUCCAGUAUCCCAGGACUCAACGAUAGCAGAACGUCUGGUUUAUCUUACUGGGAUUCCAGAGCAAGCUACAGAGGAGCAAGUUAUUAAAUUAGUAGGGUCGUAUGGCAAGAUCAACAAUGUGAUCUUAAUACCGUUGUCUCAGGAAGAGAGUGAAAAGGGGGAUGGACAAAAGGCUUCGGUGUGCAUGGUGAACGCUGCAGAUGCCCAGUCUUUGGCAAAUGCUACAAACCUUGCUAUUGAAGAGCAGCCAAUCACUGCCUUAAUUGCCAAGACACCAGAGACUGGGCCAUCUCCUGUUUGCAGUAACAGUAAACCUUCUAGAAGUCCAGAAAAGUCUAAGGAAGAUUCAGACCUACCGACUGAAGUGAGUGAGGCUGACAAGAACGCUGCUCCAAAGGCUCAGGUGUUGAUAGCAGGACUUCCUCCCACUGACUGCUCAGAGAGUGAUGUCAUCGAACUCAUUCAGCCUUUUGGAACUCCCACUGACAUGAUCUUCGCAAGAGCAAUUGGAAAGGCACUUGUAUCUUUUCCGGACUUGAAGACUGCUCAAGAAGUGGUGAAAAGUUUUGCCUCUGUUCCUGCAAAGAUCAAUGACUGUGAACUGAAGCUGAUGGAUAUCGAACAUCACACUGGCACUGAUAAACCAGUGGCUCUCUACAAUCUACUUAUGCAGUCGUUGGACCCACAGGAGACUUCAGCUCCAGUUAGCUGGAACAGCCUCGUGGUUAUCAAUAAUGUUCCAGACUCGCCAAGAAGCUCCUCUGAAGUCAAACAACUGGUUCAGCGUUUUGGGACUGUGGUCAAAUGUUUGGAACUUAAAAAUAUGGUGAUUUGUGAAAUGGCAACUGGAGCCAUGGCACUGUCUGUCUACAAACGUUUCCAGAACUUCCCAUGCGUUAUCCAAACCAAUCCUCUGUUCUUUUCCCGCAAACCUGACCCCAAAGCUAACACGUGUACUCUAAAAAAACCUCCAAACUUGCAGUCACCUGAGGUUAUUGUGAAUGAUGAAGACAAUACAGGUGCAGCUGAACAAAAAGAGACGGAACUUAAAGAAAAUAUUUCAGUGGAGAGUGAUAACGAGCCAGAUACACUAGUAGCCCCUCAAGAGGUGGUUCAAGCAGAUGAAGUGCUGGGAGAAGAUGAAAGCAUUUCCACUCAUAUGCCCAGUGAUGCGCUGUCUGAAUCUGCACUUGAAGCAGCUGCAAAGACUGACGAAGAGAAUAUAUCCUCUAUUGAUUCAGUCAUGACAUCUGACAAAGGUGCUUCAGGAAAGGAGUCUAUUAUGGAGACAACUGUGAAUGCAGAUGACUUAGAAAAUAAAACUCAUGCUGGUGAAGAUACUUCUGUACCAUUGGCUAUUUCAGAGGAUAUUACAGAGGAUCAAGCUGGAACAAGUACUAACCACCAUGCAAUUACAGUGGCGGAUUCUGCAAAUAAUAAUCAAACGAGUGUGGAGACAGAAGAAGAAAAUGUAAUAACUGAAGAACUAGAUGAACAAAAAGUAGUUGAGGAUACAAAAGGGACCGAAAAGAACCACACAAAGACUGGUGUCAAGACUCAAGACGGGGAGCAACGUGAGAAAGAAGCAAGAAAGGGGAAUGAUCGGCGAGUUAAGGAGAGGAGUACUCCUGAGAAAUGGCCAUGGUCCAAAUACGAUAGGGAUCAAGACUAUAGAACCAAAAGAGAGAGGAGGGAAAAGGGGAGAAGGAAGGAACACUAUGAUAGGUCCUCGGGUUCUAGAUCAUCCCACAGGAUUGAGACCUCUAAGAUGGUUGAACAAAAAAUCUCAGACAAAACGGACGAAUUGCCCAAAAUGGAUGAGGAUGAAGAUUUUGAUUCAUUCCUGUCGAGCAUGGGCGAUUUUGUGACUGUGGAUGAAGUUGGGGAUGUGACCGACAUGGAUGACUUCCCCGAAUCCAAUCCUCCUGCCCUAGAAGAAACCACCGAGCAAAAGGCCUCUCUCACAGAUGUCCAACAGGAUAUUGAUGAGGUCAUACCCAUGGAAGUGAGUGAAGGAGUGACGGCUCAUCGUAUCAUAUCUGAGGAUACCAUAACAGAUGUUGGACAUCAGCCUACAACUUUAGCUGAGACUUCUAAUGGAAAACUGUCAGAUGUAAUUGGCACACAGAGUUCCGACAUUGCAGCCCCACCCAUUGAAACAGAGGAAGAACAUUUUCCAGUUAACCAAAAUCUGGUGCCAACUUGUCAACUAGAGAAAAAUGAGACAGAAGCAUUCCCCUCUGUGGAAUCUAUUGUCAAAGUUGAGACUCUUCUGAAGUCAAUCUCAGAAAGCACAAUGGUCAUUGCAGAGUCGACAUCUGAUGAAUCCACCGGUUUGCUGGAAAUGACUUCAGGAAAUGCUGCAGAAAAAAAGCAAAAUGAAGCCACAACCGAGGUCGACAUCAUUUUAGACAAUAGGGAAACUCCAAUGUUGGAAAAAGCACAGGACACAAGGACAAGCCUUCUUUCUGAUGAACCAGUUGUGACGUGUGGCAUUCCAACAAGCACUGAAGAUAAAAAUGAGAUAAAUCCAACGACAACAGAAUCUCCCUCAGUCACAGACAACCCCCUCAAUUUUGAUCCGGAUGUGCCAGUUGGUAUGGAAUUCUUGGUCCCCAAAACAGGCUUCUUCUGCAAAGUGUGUAACCGUUUUUUUAGUGGAAAUGAAGACACUCAGAUCACUCACUGCAAAAGCUUCAAGCACUUUGAGAACCUGCAGAAAUACCUGAAUACAACAGUUAAACCCAAGUCCAGUCAAUAGUUUUGACUACUGCUCUUGAGUGACCGUACAUUCCUUCCAUUCGUUGUCAUCGUUGCGAAGACACCAGAGGAAUUAUCCCCAGUCAACAGUGUUUUUGAUGGUUCUAUUUGCUUAGAAGUUAUUGUGACGUUACGGGGAUUAUUUUAUUUCUACUUGAGAGCUGAAUUCAUUUUGGAUUACUGUUUUGCAAAAUGGCUGCGCAAACUAACCUUGUUGUCAUUUUAGUCUUAUUAAUGGAUGUACACAAAAUUAUUACUCCUUGUCAAAACAGCAAUUGCUUUUAGUUUAUUUCUAACUGGUAUGCUCUCAUUGUAUUCCUUUGUCACAGAGGUUGUUUGGCUAGGAAGAAAGCUCAGUUGUUUUAACAUGAUUCAAAGGUUAAACAUUCUUGCAUGAAUCAUGUUCACCUGGAUUUCUGAAACCUAUUGUCUUAAAUUCGAAGCGAACUAUGAAGUACACAUUCUUUCACCGGUUACAUUUUUACCCUAUCACCUUUGCUCUGUUGAAAUGCAUUCUAUUUCUGAUCACGGAACAAGAUAAUCUCAUGUAGUGUUAGACGUUUGCCAGAAAUAAACCAUGCAAAAAUGUUAUCGAAACUGUGUUUUGUUUUGUUUUUUCUCUCAGGCUUUCUACCCUAUUUGUAAUGUACAGUGCUGGCCAAAAGUAUUGGCAACCUAGCCUGGUACUCCAGACUCACCGCUGUUCCAGCUAUUGAGUCUGGCCACCAUUAAGCGGAUAAAAUUUCCAGGGCGGACCAAGCCACAGCAAACAGACAGAGGAGUGGACCAAUCAGCGACUGGCGGAUGUGACGUUAGAAACGCGACGAGGGACUUGCGUGCCGAAGUAAACAUACGAGGAGAGCGGAGUUUAUUCAACAUGGCUAGCGCGAGACAGAUGUUGACUGCCAUGUUGACUGUUGUGAAUGACUUGUUUCGAUGUGUUUAUGGUAAUUUAAAACUGAUUUUACCAUGGAUUGGAACAUAUUCUCGGCUCUCCUGUUCGCCAUCUCUGUUGUUGUGGAGACAACUUCCGACGCGGAAGAGUGACGUUGCGCGUUAAGAACACGUCCCGCAAAUAAACGAAUCUGACUUGACGAU